UGAUUCCUGCUGUCGCGGAAAGCCCGAAGGCGGAGCCCCACGUAAGAAGAUGACCCGAAGUUGCUCUGCAGUCGGCUGCAGCACCCGGGACACUGUGCUGAGCCGGGAGCGCGGCCUCUCCUUUCACCAAUUUCCAACUGACACCAUACAGCGCUCAAAAUGGAUCAGGGCUGUUAAUCGUGUGGACCCCAGAAGCAAAAAGAUCUGGAUUCCAGGACCAGGUGCUAUACUGUGUUCCAAAUAUUUCCAAGAAAGUGACUUUGAGUCCUAUGGCAUAAGAAGAAAGCUGAAAAAAGGAGCUGUCCCUUCUGUUUCUCUAUACAAGGUUCCUCAAGGUGUACACCUUAAAGGUAAAGCAAGACAAAAAAUCCUAAAACAACCACUUCCAGAUAAUUCUCAAGAGGUUUCUACUGAGGACCAUAACUAUAGUUUAAAGACACCUCUGACAACAGGUGCAGAGAAACUGGCUGAGGUGCAACAGAUGUUACAAGUGUCUAAAAAAAGACUUACCUCUGUAAAAAACUACAGGAUGAUCAAGAAGAGAAAGGGCUUACGAUUAAUUGAUGCACUUGUGGAAGAGAAACUACUUUCUGAAGAGACAGAGUGUCUGCUACGAGCUCAAUUUUCAGAUUUUAGGUGGGAGUUGUAUAAUUGGAGAGAGACAGAUGAGUACUCCACAGAAAUGAAACAAUUUGCAUGCACACUCUACUUGUGCGGUAGCAAAGUCUAUGAUUAUGUAAGAAAGAUUCUUAAGUUGCCUCAUUCUUCCAUCCUCAGAACGUGGUUAUCCAGAUGCCAACCCAGUCCAGGUUUCGAUAGCAACGUCUUUUCCUUCCUUCAGCGAAGAGCAGAGAAGGGAGACCAGCUGUACCAGUACUGUUCGCUGCUAAUAAAAGGUGUGCCUCUCACGCAGCAGCUCCAGUGGGAUCCCGGCAGUCACAGCUGGCAGGGGUUCAUGGACUUCGGUCUCGGAAAACUCGACGCUGACGAAACACCACUCGCCUCAGAAGCCAUCUUGUUAAUGGCGGUGGGUAUUUUUGGUCACUGGAGAACACCUCUCGGUUAUUUUUUUGUGAACAGAGCAUCCGGAUGUUUGCAAGCCCAGCUGCUUCGCCUGACCGUUGGCAAACUGAGCGACACAGGGAUCACAGUCCUGGCCGUGACCUCUGACGCCACCGCGCACAGCGUGCAGAUGGCGAAAGCGCUGGGGAUCCACAUGGACGGGGACGGCAUGCGGUGCACCUUCCAGCAUCCGUCCUCGUCUAGCCGACAGAUCGCUUACUUCUUCGACCCCUGCCACUUGCUGGGACUGGUAAGAAACGCGUUUCAGAAUUUUCAGAGCGUUCGUUUUAUCGGCGGCACAGCGCACUGGCAGCACCUCGUGGCGUUAGUAGCACUGGAGGAACGGGAGUCAGCAAGCACGGAAGGAGUCCCCAGCAAACUCGCGAGCUUGAAGAAUCACGUCCUGAAAACGAAUCGUGCCGCGCAACUCUUCAGCGAGAGCGUAGCCAGCGCGCUGGAGCACUUGCUGUCGUCGGGCCUGCCUCCCUUCCAGGACUGCAGUGGCACCGUCCACUUUCUGCGCUUAAUUAGCAAUCUCUUUGACAUUUUUAAUAGCAGGAAUCGUUACGGGAAGGGACUUAAAGGGCCUCUGCUGCCUGAAACUUACGGUAGAAUAAAUCAGGUGUUAAUGGAAGCCAAGACUGUUUUUGUUACGUUGUCUGACACUAGCAAUAAUCAAAUCAUCAAAGGUAAGCAAAAACUAGGAUUCCUGGGAUUUUUACUUAAUGCCGAGAGCUUAAAAUGGCUUUACCAAAAUUACGUUUCCCCAAAGGUCGUGCCUUUCCCGUAUCUUCUGACUUACAAAUUCAGUCAAGAUCACCUGGAAUUAUUUCUAAGGAUGCUUAGGCAGGUAUUAGUAACCAGUUCCAGCCCUACCUGCAUGGCAUUCCAGAGAGCUUACCAUACUUUAGAGACCAGACACAGAUUUCAGGAUGGAGCUUAUCUAAGUGAAGUCAGUAUCUUUGACAUUUCAGUCGCUCGACGGCAAGACUUGGCCCUUCGGGCAGUUCAGCGUCAGCACGGUGUCAGCACGGCAGAGACUCUCUUUCACAAAGAGGAUGUUUGCCAAGACUGGUCUGACUGUUCGCUAAGCGAGGCUUUGCUAGACCUGUCAGACCACAGGCGAAAUCUCGUCUGCUACGCUGGUUAUAUUGCAAAUAAGUUAUCAGCUCUUUUAACUUGCGAGGACUGCGUCACUGCCCUGUACGCGUCGGACCUCAAAGGCUCUAAAAUCGGGUCACUGCUAUGUGUUAAAAAGAAGAACGGUUUGCAUUUUCCUUCAGAAAGUCUCUAUCGGGUCGUAAAUAUUUGUGAGCAAGUUGUACGAACCCAUUCAAGAAUGACAACGCUUGAACUAGUUCCUAGGCAGAGAGAGUAUCUUCAACAGAAAAUACUGUGUGAGCUUUCUGGGAACGUUUAUCUUUUUGUGGAUUUAGAUGUGCAUCUCUUUGACGGAGAAGUGUGUGCCAUCAAUCACUUCAUCAAAUUGCUAAAAGAUAUAAUAAAAUGUUUCUUAAAUAUCAGAGCUAAAGACGUAGCUCAGUGCCCCUUAAAACAUCAUUCAGAAAAAAUUGAGAUGGAAACGUUAUCAAGGAAACACUGGUUAUCCCUACAGGAUUACAGAUGUUCAAGUUUUGCUAAUACUAAUAAAUUCAGGCAUUUGCUGUGUAAUGAUGGAUAUCCAUUCAAAUGAGAGACCUAAAUAUAUUAACACUUUUAUUAAGAAUACUUAGUCAACACUUUUUUUAAAGUUCCAUUUGCCAUAUUUUAUAAAUUGACCAUUCUGCACAGUG